AUGGCCGAAGUACCUCCCAGCUCUAGCGUUGACGCCUCUUCGGAGAACACGCCGGCUCCUCCAUUGGCACCCCCAACGCCGAUAACGUAUAGCUACCAGCCGUUGUCGCCGCAAGCAAAGAAAGCGAAGUAUUUCGCCGAGGGUGACAAGAAACCUUUUAAUGUGCAGGAAACAGCUACAAGAUUCAGGUAUUUACUGGGACUAACUGGCCUGUUUCAGCAUUUUCUGCAAUCAAAGGCUUCUAGCGACCCCAAAUUUGCUGAAGUUUGGAAAUUGCUGCAACAGGAUAAGACAGACACAAACAGAUCUGGUCAGGAUCACAGACACCGAAAGACUGAAAAGGAGGAGGAUGCAGAGCUCCUGAAAGACGAGGACUUGUUGUCGGACAAUUUUGAGUUCACCGAGAGCCCCUCAUAUAUCAAUGGAACACUUAGACCGUACCAAAUACAGGGACUCAAUUGGCUGAUCUCGCUCAAUCAAAACAACCUUUCGGGAAUCUUGGCGGACGAAAUGGGUUUGGGAAAAACGCUGCAAACAAUCGCGUUUCUUGGUUAUCUUCGAUACAUCAAGGGUAUAGCGGGACCGCAUCUGGUGAUUGUUCCAAAGUCGACGCUGGAGAAUUGGCAAAGAGAGUUCGCUAAAUGGACUCCCCAGGUGGAAACAUUGGUUCUAACCGGAGAUCAGCAACAGAGAAACGAAAUUAUCAAAGAGAACCUGAUGACGUGCAGGUUUGACGUUGUUAUAUCCUCGUACGAGAUAGUCAUUAGAGAAAAGACGGCAUUAAAGAAGUUUGCAUGGGAGUACAUUGUGGUUGACGAGGCCCAUCGCUUAAAGAACGAAGACUCGCUUUUGUCUCAAAUCAUCAGAACCUUCCACUCAAGAAAUAGACUGCUCAUCACCGGUACCCCUUUACAGAAUAAUUUACACGAGCUCUGGGCUUUGCUCAACUUUCUGCUUCCGGACGUUUUCGCAGACUCAGAGACGUUCGACGACUGGUUUUCCUCAGGCGACUCAGAAAACAAGGACGAAACAAUUGUUAAUCAACUGCAUAAAGUUUUGCAGCCUUUCCUAUUGAGAAGAAUAAAGUCAGACGUCGAGAAAAACUUGCUACCAAAAAAAGAGCUCAACGUGUAUGUUGGGAUGACAGAGAUGCAGAAGAAGUGGUACCAAAAGCUUCUAGAGAGAGACAUAGACGCCGUUAAUGGUGCGAAUGGAAAACGCGAGUCGAAGACCAGACUGCUCAACAUAGUCAUGCAACUGAGAAAGUGCUGCAACCACCCGUAUCUAUUCGAAGGAGCGGAGCCAGGCCCUCCAUACACAACAGACGAGCACCUGAUUUACAACUCGCAGAAGAUGAAGGUACUGGAUAAGAUGCUCAAACGGUUCAAGGAGCAAGGUUCCCGUGUGCUGAUCUUCUCGCAGAUGAGUAGAAUGCUGGACAUUUUGGAAGAUUACUGCUCAUUCAGAGGAUAUGAGUACUGUCGUAUUGAUGGACAAACCGACCAUGUUGAUAGAAUCCGGGCCAUUGACGAGUACUCUGCUCCUGACUCCAAGAAGUUUGUUUUCCUGCUCACCACAAGAGCUGGUGGACUCGGUAUCAACCUGACGUCUGCGGACAUUGUCUUUCUGUAUGACUCUGACUGGAAUCCGCAGGCGGAUCUGCAAGCUAUGGAUCGUGCUCAUCGUAUUGGACAGACGAAGCAAGUCAGGGUGUUUAGAUUCGUGACCCAAAAAGCCAUUGAGGAAAAGGUGUUGGAGAGGGCCUCUCAGAAACUGAGAUUAGAUCAACUAGUCAUCCAGCAAGGUAGACAGAUGAACGUUCAGCAGGAUAAGACGAAGGCCAACUCCAAGGAUGAGUUGUUAAACAUGAUCCAAUACGGUGCUGCCGAUGUACUGGGCCAGAACCUUGAGAGUUCCAAAGAAGAAGAAAAAGAACAGUUGGAUGAUGAUGAGAUAGAAAUGAUUUUGAUGGAGUCAGAGAAGAAAACACAAGAGUUAAACAACAAGUAUUCGAAGCUUGGACUCGAUGACUUACAGAAUUUCGCUACAGCGUCGGACUCUUUGUAUGAGUGGGAUGGUAAGACGUUCCAGAAAAAGGACCCAGCGGUGGCGGGGCCUCUUGGAAACGUCUACACAUGGAUCAACCCUUCAAAGAGAGAGCGGAAGGAGAAUUACUCCAUCGACAACUAUUAUAGAGAUGUUCUCAACCCAGGCCACCGGUCUGGCUCUGCUCAGCCUCAAUUUCCGGGCGUCAAGCCACUCAAACAAACUCCGAUUUACGACCAUCAAUUUUUCCCGGCACAAUUAUGGGAGCUGUACGAUCUGGAGCGCAAUUAUUACAAGAGAAAGACAAAACAAGCAGCCGAGUUGGCUAAGGGUCCCGGCACGGCUGAGCAGCGCAAGCUGAACCAGCAGCUUGAGCAGCUCGAGAUAGAUCAUUCGAGAGCACUAACCGAUGAAGAAGAGCAGCUGAAGCAGGAGCUACUUACUCAAGGAUUCCACAACUGGAGCAGGCGCGACUUCUACCAGUUCAUCUCUUUGAACGUCAAGUACGGUCGCACAGCCAUUUCUUCAAUAGCUGCCGAGUUUGAGGACAAAACUUACGAAGAUGUCAAGGAAUAUGCGCAGGCGUUCUGGGACAACAUUGCAAGUAUCGAGGGCUACGAAAGGUAUGUUGGCCAGAUCGAGGCUGGCGAGGAGAAGAUCAGAAAGGUGAAAAUCCAGAAAGAGGCUCUGCGUCGGAAAAUGGCCGAGACUAGCUGCCCGUUACUGGAACUCACGCUCAAGUUCCCUCCGUCGUCAUCUCUCUCGUCGUCAAAGAGAGUUUUCAGCGAAGCAGAAGAUCGGUACCUGCUAGUGCAACUUUACCGACUGGGUCUCGACACUGAGGACAUAUACGAGCGCAUUCUGGAGCAAAUCAGGCUGAGCCCGAUGUUUGAGUUUGAUUUCUUUUUCCAGAGCCGAAAUGCCACCGAGAUCAACCGGAGAUGUGCGACACUGCUGGGCUGUGUCGUGAAGGAAUACGAGCGCAGCAUUCCCAGCAAGCGAGAGCCGACAGCAAAGGUUGCGGGCUCGGCGGCCAAAAAGUCCCGAAGAAAAUAG